AUGAUUCGGCUGAUGAUCGCUACGCUGAUCUGUGUUGUUCUCAUCAUCCCAGACGAUGCAGCUACUUGUCAGGUAAACUACAGUCCACCCCUGAGUAAUACAAACAAUGCGUGCCCUUCAGGAAUGAGCAUCACUCAGAAUACACAAUGUGAUUUUACCUGCCCUACUGGAUACAAUCAGGUCGGGAGCUCAACUGUCUAUUGCCAGUCCAACGGUCUUCUAUCUGAUCAAAUUGGAUGCGAGAUUCUUUGCGAGGUUAACUACACUUUGCCGGUGACUAAUACCAACAACGCGUGCCCUGCAGGAACAAACAUCACUGAGAAUACACAAUGUGAUUUUACCUGUCCUACUGGAUACAAUCUGGUAGGGAGCUCAACUGUCUAUUGCCAGACCAACGGUGAACUAUCUGAUCAAAUUGGAUGCGAGCUCAUUACAUGUCCUGUUUCGAACUAUACCUCGCCUCUCAUUGGGUCAUGUGAAUCGAACUCUACUGUUGAUUGGUCAACUGAAUGUACGUUUGGAUGCGCUGAGGGAUAUCUCCUUGAAGGAGAUGAUACUUCAAGUUGUGGCGUAAAUGGACAACUAAACGGAUCUCUUCCAACUUGA